GACAUAUUGAUCCGCGCGCCUAUGAAUGGUUUCUCUCUGAUUCCAUCUUUAAACACAAGCCUUAGCUCAUUCAAUGGAGUCCGAGUAUCGCAUCCGAGUCGCAGCAGAGUUUUGUGUGCGCGGAAGAGCAGAAAGUCAAAACGGAAAGCUAAUAAACCUGCAGGUGAUUAAUUCUUUGGUUCAUCAGAUCAAUUCUGGUUUCUCCGAUCCGUGUGUGUGAGUGAGAUUGGCUAUAUCCGUAUCUGUAUCUCUCCGAAUGUUAUGUAUUGGCUAUGCAGCAAGAUGCAAUAACAUCUUUGAUACCUUGUUUGAGCAAGCCGGGGGAGGGAGUCUAUGUUACAGCCUCUACUAUCAUUUCCUUGAAAACUGUGGUCGAACGCUUGACGGCCCCGUUCCCCCAGCUGAAUAAUAUUCCUGUCAGUGCUCUUGGCCUUGGACCUGUCACCACUGGGGAUAUCUUCAAGGCCCACAAACUUUUUCUUGAGGGUGGGACUGGGAAUCCAUUGUUUGCCACUGUCCUCGCUUUUAGCGUGCCGCUGACUCGAAACGCCAGUAAACUAGCUGAGACAUUGGGAGUCAAAGUUAUCUCUUCUGCCAUCUCCGUUGAUCAUCUGCACCGACAGUUUGAAGAGUAUACCAAUGAGCUGCGAAUGGAAAAGCAGAAGACAGAGGCUCAUGAUUCAGCAUUCUCCCCAUGCGUCCUCUGCAUCUUACCCAAGUGUGUACUCAACAAGGAAGACCCAAUUGUCGUGGGAGUUUAUGUCCUCGAGGGUUCAGUUAGUGUGGGGACUCCAUUAUGCGUUCCAAACAGAGCUUUUAUCAAUGUAGGACGGGUUGCAUGGAUUGAGAAGGACCAGCAACCUGUCGAGGAUGCGAGGCAAGGCGAGAAGGUGAUUAUUAAGAUUGUUUCAGCAGACCCCAGAACAAAACAAUUGAUGUUGGGAAGAGAAUUUGACGUUGGAGAUGUUCUUGUCAGUCGCCUCUCAAAGAGAUCUAUCUACCAUUUCAUAAUUCCAAGCUAAAACAACAAGUUUUUGAAACUGGACAAGGAGAUGAAAAGCAUGGAAACAGAGAUAAACGAACAACACUGCACUAUAUAUAAUGUUUUGUUGAAAAUGAGUUCAUAACGUAGCAAAUUUAUAAUGUCAAACGAACAAUAUUAGAUGCUCAAGCAGGUAACUUGAUCCCUGGAAAAGUGAAUACGAUUCUUUUUAAUUA